UCAAAAUGUCUGAGCUGCGAUCGAUUUGCCGAACUUGCGGCAAAAAUGUGACCAAUUCGCAGGGUCGGGCCACCAAACUGUUCAACAAAAGCAACUAUCUAUUAAUUAGUUUACUGGAAAAUAUCACCGAUAUCUCGAAUUUGACACCACUCUGCCACAUCUCAUUUGCCAAUGCUGCAAAGUGCAGCUAAACAGGAUCUUGGCGUUUCGCAAUAAGUGCUUAGAGGUCCACAAGUCCUUUAUGGCCGCUAACAGAAAACGUUUGCGAAAAAGGGACAUAGUUGAUGAGGAACUCGAUGAACUGGAUGUUGAGAAGCUUCAGCAGGAUUUGGGGGACCACAAAGAUCAGGAAAUGAGUGUAGCAAUGGCAUAUACAGCUGGGCUUCUGCGGGAAGAUCACAAUGAUAAUGAGGAUGCGAAGCACGCAGAAGAUGCAACUCAGAAUGAGGAGAAUCAGGAGGAACAAGUGCAAACAGAGGAGGUGGAGCACUGUCAAGAGCAGCUCCAUAACACGUCCAUCAUCUCGAAGGGAGUAAGUGCCCGCGUCCCCAAGCGUGCGAAGUGCAACUCCAAGUCAUGGUUCUGUGACCAGUGCGGCGGCGUGUUCAAGUCCUCCACCUACCUCAAACUGCACCUGCAGCGACACACCGGUCACAAACCAUUCGCGUGCGACAUCUGCCAGGCCAAGUACUACACGGAUAACGAGAUGCGGCGCCACAGGAUCCUUCACACGGACGCCAGGCCGUACGCUUGCCGAUUCUGCAGCAAGACCUACCGAGGAUGCAGCAGUAAAGUGGUCCACGAGCGGACUCACACCAACGAGCGUCCCUUUCAGUGCCAGCAUUGCGACAAGGCCUUCACCUCCACGUCGACGCGUCAAAAACAUGAGAUGCUGCACACCAAUCAGCGGAAGUACCACUGCGAGAUCUGUGACCAGUGGUUCCUGCGCUCAUCCCAUUUGACCCUACAUCAAAGCACCAAAUUACACCAGCGAAGAGCUGAAAGUGCUAGGAUUGUCUAGAAUCCAAGUAGACAAACUUAUGUUUAAGUUUAUAAGACUUCUGAAAGUACAAGUUUAUUAUAAAUUGAAACAAUU